GGCGGCGGCGGCGGCGGCCGAAGAGAGCGGCCUCUUUGAGGGCUCCGGAGCAGUGUGGAGUGGGGACGAGAGCUAGCAAGAGGGUGGGAAAGCCGGCGGGUGAGGAGGGCGGCGCCGGAGGAGGUGGCGCGUGGCUGACUCAUUCCUCUGGAAAUCAGACUGACGGACACAAACCCUUGCCGAACCCGCCCGCCCGCGCCGCUCUCCUCAGCCGGGAGUCGCCCGCCCGCGCCGCCCGCCCGCCCGCCCUCUCCAGAAGCUCUCCUUGCCCGACAGUCUCCGAGAAAGUUUUGCUUGUCAGGGGGACCGAAGCCGCCGCGGGCGUUUUGGAAGGAAAGGGGAACGGAAGAGGAGGUGGCAGCCGCGCGGGCGCGAGGAGUGCAUGGUGCCCGGCGCCUCGGUCGCCUGUCAGGAGGACAUCGGGGCGGGGUCGGGCUGAGCCUAGCUCCUUCUUCGCUCAGUGUCGCCAGACACCGCCCGCCGGACUGCCGGAGGGUCCCCGCUCCUCCGCCCGCCAUGUCCCGGCUGUUCCCUCUGCUGAGGAGCUGGACCGCGGGCAGCCUGAGGCAGGGCCCGGCCGCCGCCGCCGCCGCGCCCCGCCCGCCUUCCUGGUGCUGCUGCGGGCGGGGGCUGCUGGCGCUCGCGGCCCCGGGCGGCCCCCGGGGCCUGGGCACCCACCCUAAGAAGGAGCCAAUGGAGGCGCUGAACACGGCGCAGGGCGCGCGCGACUUCAUCUACAGCCUGCACUCCACCGAGAGGAGCUGCCUGCUCAAGGAGCUGCACCGCUUCGAGUCCAUUGCCAUCGCCCAAGGUAUUUCAAGAUGUUCCAGUCAACUGACAAGGACUUCUCCUCACAGUGUCAGAACUGUAGUGAUGAUGAGAGUAAUGCACCUAGCAAAUAGUUCUGAAAAAUUGGAAGCUCUACCACCCACCCCAGGACAGCUAAGAUAUGUAUUCAUCCACAAUGCGAUACCUUUCAUAGGGUUUGGCUUUUUGGAUAAUGCAAUUAUGGUUGUCGCAGGAACCCAUAUUGAGAUGUCUAUUGGAAUUAUUUUGGGAAUCUCAACUAUGGCAGCUGCAGCUUUAGGAAAUCUUGUGUCAGAUUUGGCUGGACUUGGACUUGCAGGCUAUGUUGAAGCUUUGGCUUCCAGGUUAGGCUUGUCAAUUCCUGAUCUCACACCAAAGCAAGUUGACAUGUGGCAAACACGUGUUAGUACACAUUUGGGCAAAGCCGUUGGGGUGACUAUUGGCUGCAUUCUAGGAAUGUUUCCUUUGCUUUUCCUUGGAGGAGGUGAAGAAGAUGAAAAACUGGAAACGAAAAAUCAACCCUCUUAGAGUACCUGUAAAAAGAUGUAAACUAAUGUUACCUCAAUUAUUAAAUAUGCUGUCACAACACUUAGAAAUUAAGACAGUAACAGUGUAUAGAUAAUGGGAUCAAAUAAUUCAGCAUGUAUUAUGGAAAACACUAACUUAUUGUGGCUUGAUUUUCUUAGAACUUCUUUUUAAAAAAACUGUUUAGUAUCAUUAUGUGUAAAUUGUUGAAAUGCUUUUUCAUCAAUGGCAGUCAACAUUUUACCUUUGUUCUCUUUCUUUAUAUAUCAAAAUAUCAUUUAAGUAUCAGUCAUUGACAUACUGUACUGACUUGGGGUUUGCAUAUUGUUCCUUAAUGUGUACAUGCACAAAAACGUUUUCUGUUUUUGUUGUUCCCUGUAUUUACAAUUCAACCUUAAGAUUUUUUUCUGAAUUACCUAAGAUGUUUAAUAUCAGUUACAGAUUUUUUUUACUCUUUUUGGCAACAUCAAAUCUGUACUGUUUCACAGUAGACAUUUACAAUCAUAUAAUCCAGUCAUUUUUAAAGACUCUCACAUGUAUUCAAAAUGGACACAGACUAAGUAGGUUAAGUGUCCAUUACUCAUUUAAAUUUUCUGACCUGUCUCAAGAGCCAGAGGUUAAUCAGAAUGGCCCCCCUACUACAUAAAACCAUAUAUGUUAACAAGUGUAUUAUUUUGAGUAGAUUUUGCUCUCAAUUUCUUAAUUUUUAAUAAUAAAGUGGUUUUUGAUGCUUAAAGGGAAGAAAAUGAUUACUUUAGGGUCUUUUUAAUGGGUAUUGUGGAUGUACCAAGGAGUUUGACAUGACACUUGGAAAUGAAAAGGCUAAAAAAAAUGGUUUUUUUAGAGAAGUAGAAAAUGGGAACUGUGAAUAAGGUUUAUGGCAUAAGUGGUGAAGGUGAAGUGAUGUUUGUAAGGUUAAUGAGGUACAGUUAUAUUGUUCAGGAAGGAAUUCCCACCCCCGCAACAAAGUGUCUUCUUACCGUCUGAAUUCAGUGAGUCUCAGUACUCCAUACUCUUAAUCCUAAUGUCAUUGUAUCCUGUUCAGUGAAUUUUAUUUCUGAGUAACUUAUUUUGAGGUGAAAACUAUUCUGUGUUUUCCUAUUUGCUAUAUAUAGAAUAGUAAUCAAAAGUUACUUUCUUUCCCCCUUUUUUGGUCUUUUUGUCUUCUUUUCUGGUAUUUAAAUCAUAUUCUAGAUUGAAGUUACUUAUUUCUGGCCUUUGUAUCUGACUUAAGUAUAACCAUGUAUGAAGCAUAAAUUUUAAUUUUAUGAACACUUAAGUUUGUUAGCAUGUGGUCUAUUGCACAUGCUAAAAUGUUCUCCUUAAGAAUAAUUAAACAUAUCAUGAAAGAAAAGUGGGACUAAAAUUAUAAUUUGGGCCACUGAAAUUAUUUAUGUUGCUAAAAAGAUGCAAAAGAAAGGAAACUUAAAAGAUGGCUAUGUGUAUAGCUACCUUUAAGGUUUUAUUUGCACAUAUUUACUUUAAAGUCUUAUUUUCAAAGAAGCUGGGUUUUUUCCCCCAAAAAGUGUUUGUCAUAAAUUAUCUUCUGUGUACUUCAAAAUAAUUUAGUGCUAUCCUUUAAUCAUAGAUUUUUUAGGGUAAAGAAGAAAAUAAAUCAAACAAUACAAAAAUAAAUAUAUAACAUUCUUAUUGUGUACAAUAUAACAGUCUCAUUUGAUCAAAUUAGAAUUAUAGAACUUGACUUCUUAAGUAGAAUUGUGGUUUGUGUCUUCCACAUAAUACUUCACACACACACACAAACACGUAAUUUUUUUCUGGAUGGUAGGAUUACAGUGCUUUUUUUUUUUUUAAUUUUUUGUAAAUGUUUAAGUGCUUUUGUCCCUAACUUGUAUAUUGCCAGUUCUUUCUGUUUUCUAAAAAAGUAUUUUAUUGUGGUUAAAUUUUCAUUUUAUUAAUUAAAUCCCAUAAUCAGAAACCUUGCCUGUGAGUUUAGAAAGGGCUUUUGAUUAUUGGUUUCCUUUUUUUGGUCCUUAAAAAUAAUCCAGUCCUACAGAAGCUUUCAGUUUGCUGAAUGUCUGCAGGAUUAUUGAAGAUGUUAAAACAUGAAAUAUAUAACCUUCAUAUUGAAAUAUAAUUUAUGGACAAAAUAAAAAUUUGAAUGAUUGAGAUAAUUAAUUUUCAAAAAAUGGAGCCCUUUUGUCAGAAAACCUAAGGCACUUAUUUUUUCAGGAUCUGAUUAUACAUUAGUAUGCAUUGCACAAAGCAAUUUCUAAAAAAUGGUUCCCUUUAAGGUAAUGACUUCCUAUAAACAUUAUUUCAUAUUGUCACAAAGAACCUUAUUUCAGGUUGAAACUGGAAUUCUUAUUUCUCAUAUUAGUUAUGUCUAUUGGGAGCAUUAUAAUUAUGGUUAAAUGCAACAUACACUACUUUAUAUUGUUCAUUUGAAAUUCAUGUUGUCCGUGUGUUAUGAUUUGUUUACUUGUUGGUGCAUGUAAAUUGGGUGCAUUUUGUUGUCACUGUAUGUUAAAUGGUGACCAAUGUUUUUACAAAAGAAUUGAGCAAAAAAGUCUUCUAAGAAAUUUGGAAUGUGGUUUUGACUUUGAACUUUGAUUUUCUGUCUAAUCUCAGUCUGGCCCUAGUUAUUCUGUCAUUAAGGGAAAUAAGAUUAACAAAUGUUGAAAGAGUAAAAUGGAACUAUUUACCACCUCCCUGAAAUCCACACUUGAGAUACAUUACAGGUUAUGAGAGAAGAAUGAUCCCAUAUUGACAUCUAAUAGGAUGUCCAAAAAAAGCUUUAGGUGGAAGGAUUAGCGCAAAUCACACUGGUGGGUAUUUACAGCAGAGACAUCCAAGCCUUCCAUAUAUUAACACUACAUUUACUUUAUCGUUUUCUCAAGAAGGUGAAUUUUGAAGGUAAUGGAAAUUUAUCUUUUCAUCAAAAGUCUGUGUAAACCAUUUUGAAGUAAAUUUUCCUCAUUUUAUUUUUUUUAUUGAAGUACAGUUGAUCUACAAUAUUGUAUUGGUUUCAUGUAUACAGCAUAAUGAUUCAGUAGUUAAUCUACAUUGUUAAAUGCUCACCCCAACUAGUGUAGUCAACAUGUCUUCCUUAUUUUAUCUGUCAACAUGUCUUCCUUAUUUUACAAUUAUAUUUUCUUACCACAUUAAAAGAAUGUAUUAAAUGUAAUCUUUUUAAUAGUGGCUAAGCAUCAUCCUCAUGGACAUUAAUAGUGUGCUUUAAUGAAGUACCUUAGGAAUCUGGUUUUUAUAGUUUUUCAUAUUCCUCCCAUUUUUUUACUGCUCUCUCUCUGGCAACUGCUUUAUCUCUGUAACCUGCUGCUUCUCAGCUGUAUGGACUCAGAAACUAUAUGGCCAGUGUUACCAUAAAUUAUUUAGGAGAUAUUAGAAUAUAGGUUAUGGAACCUGAGUGAGAUGAUGAUGGUGCUAAUGAUGAUGAUGAUGAUAAUAAAUAUAAUGUUAACUCCCUUUUAUCAAGCACUUAUUUGGUGCUAUGUAAAUACUUUACACAUAUCACAUUCAAUAACAUUAUUAAUAACUUUAAUAACAACAUUAAGUUGGUGCUGUUAUUAUCCCUGUUUUAUAUUGGGUAUAAUAUGGGGACAUGGAGAGGUUAAUUUGCCCUUGAUGUCACUACUAAUAAGUGGGCUGGACUCUGUCCAAGUGUAAAGUCUGUGCUCUUACCUACUAUUCAAUAGGGACACCAGUUGCAUGGACUUUGUAACAUCUGUUCUCUGCUUAGGUUCCUUUUUACCUCCAGAUUUGUGGAGUUAUUUUCUCAUCUAUAACCUAAGGGAAUUGUACUUAUAUUCUCACAUUUCAUUUAAGAAGUUCUAUUUUUGGGACUUGGACAUUACUAAUACUGUGUGCUUGGAACUGUUUAAGGUGCUGAGCAAACAGCCAGAAUAUCCCAGACUCUUGGAGCUUAUUCUCUGGAGGGCCUCGGUAGGGCAAGAUAACACAGAAAAGCAAAUAAACACUUAAAUAUCUUUUUAUGUCAGAGGGUGACAAGUUCUACAGAGAUGAAUGAAACAAGAUAAGAGGGAUAGAAAGUACCAGUAGUCACAUGGGUUAUUUUUAUAGAGGGUGGUCAGGGAAGACCUGAGAAGUAAGAACAUGAUACAGAUACCUACAAGGAGAAGUUAGCACACUAGGUUCUAGAAAGUUGGUAUUAAGGAAAUCUCAGACAUAUGAAAUAUACUUCACGUUGGAAUGCAUUAUAAGAUUUUUUGGUUUUGCAUUAUUAAUAUUUUUUGGAUUAAGUCUAAGUUUUAACAUUUAAAUAUUAAUUAAUACUCCCUGAGUAUUUACCAGCAUCAGCAGAGGGAAAUGGCCCAGAAAUCUGAGGAAGCUGCCCCAGAACUCAGAAAGUCAAUGAAUAAUAUAUCAGCAACUAAUUUAGGGUUUAUUGUUUGCUCAUAAUGAAACUUUAACAGAUCACUUGUUUUUACUAAAGCAAUAAAUGCUAAUGGUAUGGUAUAUGAGUUGUAACACUGAAAUUAGUUUUUUCUUUUCUUUUAGAAAUGGAGUAGUCAUUAAAGCAGAGACAUAAUAUUUUAAUUCUGAAGUUUCCAGGACUUUCAGGGCCUACUGAUCUUAUGCUGACAGCCUUAUGAAGCACAUGGUUUUUGUAUUGGUUUUUAUAUGAAACUUUAUACAUCAAACAUAUGUUAAUGCCUUUGAUAAAUUAUGAAUGAAAUAAAUUUGAGCAAUUUUUUUAUUGGCACAAAGAUUAAAAAGGUUAGGCAUCUGAGAGAUUAUCUAAUUCCUCUACAACUACAAGUCACUUUUUAUUUAAGAAUGAAAUGUGAGAAUGAUGACUGAUGAAUUAAACUCAAAGGAACUGCUUUGGGGGAUAUGGGGAGACCCCUCAAAAAUUGAAGAAUAAAGGAAUUUUCUGUGAGAAUUGUGAAAUUCAGUAAAGACUUGGCAUUUGAUAAUACUAUGAAAACUACCCGUUUGUGUAGCACUUUAUUGUUUAAAAUAGCUAUGCAGAUGUUAGAUGUAAAUGGGGUUUGAGAGGUAGUUGAGUCUAAGAAAACUGAGGUACCUUAAUUAACAUUAAGAUUUUUUCCUUGUGUGUCAGCCCCACCAUCACCAUUCCCACUCUGUGGCCUGGUGAUUCCUCUGUACCUCUUUCCCUUAUGUCUCAAGUGCAUUUGUUCCCUUCUUUAUUUUAUUUUCUCUGCUUUCCCCCAACCUCAGAGGGAUGGAAGUGCAGUUUUUACAACGUAUUUUAUGUCCCAUACUGUUACUUUAAAAGCAUGUAAAUCAAACAUUUUCUCUUUUUUUCCUCACCCCCACGUGGGAAGAGGAGAACACAUCUAGGUUAAUUUAGUCUUUUUUUUUUUUUUUUGCAUUAAACAGCCUGCUUAUUUCUAUAAAAUUAAGAGGGAAAAGUACUCCUUUCCAUAACCCAGAUAUUUACCAUUUCCAUUGUUCUUCAUUAUUUCGUAAAUAUCCGUGUUCUUCAUUAUUUCCUAAAUAUCCAGGUUUCAAUCCGUUUCAUUUCCUAUCACACUGAAGAAAUUCCUUUGGCUCUUUUUUGUAGUGCAGACCUGCUGGUGAAAAAAGUUCCUUAGUUUUCAUUGACCUAAAAAAAUGUUUCGAUUUUACCUUCAUUCUUGGAAGAAUAUUUUUGGUUGAUAAUAAAAUUCUGUUUUGAUACUUUCUCCCUCUUCUGGGCACUUACUUUAUUAAGUGUUAUUUUUGUUCUUGUUUUGUUGGAACAAGACAGAUCCUGUUCCAUGGUCUUUUGGUCUUCAUACUUUCUGGUGAUAAGUCUGUUUAUUUCAAUUAUUGCUCUUCUGUAUUUUGUUUUUCUCUGCAUGCUUUCAAGAUUUUUAUCUGACUUUCAAAAGUUUUACUAGCAUGCCUAGGUAUAGUUUUAUUUGUAUUUCAUCCAGCUUGUGGUCUGAAAUUAUUGAAUCUGAAAAUGUAUGCCUUUCACCAAAUUGAGGGUAUUUUUAGCCAUUUUCAAAUUUUUAAAAAUUAAAUAUAGUUGAUUUACAAUAUUCAGGUAUAUAACAUAGUGAUUCAACAAUUAUAUCCAUUUCUAAAUGCUUCCCACAAUAAGUGUAGCUGCUGUCUGUCAACAUACAAACAUAUUACAAUGUUAUCAACUAUGUUUCCUGUGCUAUGCUUUUAUUCCUGUGACUAUUUUGUAAUUGGAAGUUUGUGCCUCUUCAUUCAUUCUCUUGUUGUUAGCAGCUUUGACAGUCCUUUUUGCCAUACUGACUCAGGAAAAGAGCCCACAUUUCAUAAGAAGAAAAAGAUGUAACUUACUGUGCUUUAAAUGUCAGCACCACAAAGGACAGGAUCUCAUCUGUCUUACUUCUCUAUCCUUAAUGCUCCAUACAGUGCCUGACACACAGUAGAUGUAUAGUAGAUAUUUGUUAAUGAGUGACUCAUUUCUACCCACAUCACUAUGAUCUCUCUAGGUACUUGAAUUCUGGCUUGACUCCCAGCCCAUUCUGUAUCAGUACUAAAAAAACUAUAUUACUUCCUGUAUCACAUUCCAUAUCACUUCUGAAUUUAUCAUGUUUUUGUUUCAAGUAGAUUGGUUCAUGGUUCAUCUUCUAUUGGCAGUUCUCUAGGUCAUUGUUUUAUAAUACACAGUUGAAUGCUUAAUGGUAAAUACAGAGCAUAUAUACAUUCCCUGUUCUACUGAUUAUCAAAGAAAUAAAUAUUCUUUGGUUUGACAUGA